AUAUAAUUAAGGACAACAAACUUAAACAAUAAAAUAUAAAUUUACUAAUAAUAGCAUGAUCACAACCCUUAAUACUUUCCUCAUUUUCCUCGAAAAAACAAUUUUUAGAUUAUUUUUCAACUUCCAAAUUAAUCAUCAAUAUUAUCCACCUAUCAUUUCUUUGUUGUAAUAUCCCUUAAUACAACACAUCCAUUUUUUACGGUCCCUCACUUUUUUGAAUGCUCUUAUUCUCCUUUCCCCCUUCUCUCCCGCCGGGUAGCUGGCCGUUAAUUCUUUUCAUCGGAAUCCGUGCUAGCUACCUCCCUAAUUCCUCUACCCCUAUAUUCUUUCAAAGCUCCCAUUAAUCUCCUAUACAUUUUUCUUUUUUCACCUAAAAAGGAAUUUAUAAGUCAUUAAUGGGAUUCCAAACCCGCCGUGAGACAACCCAUACAAAUCAACAAAUUCAUCAUCGUCAAGGAUUAUCGGGCUCCAAUAAUUGUACCUCUCAAGCUAUGGGUUUCGAACCAGAGCUCGACCCGAAUUUAUCAUGGCCAUUUGGGAAAUUGAAUGGGGUAGAUAGAGAUGAUAUACGUGAAACUGCAUACGAAGUGUUUUUUACUUCGUGUCGGUCCGCCCCUGGUUUUGGGGGUCGAACCGCAUUGGCAUAUUAUUCACAUAAUAAUGACCAACAUGGAGAAAAUAAUAAUAACAAUGGACCGGAUUCACCAGGGUCAACGCGUGGGACCGGGGUAGGGAUGGUGACUAAUAGUAGAAUAAAAAGGGCCUUAGGACUACGGACAUUAAAAAGAAUGCCUUCUAGAAGGUCAUCUCUGGGUGGAGUAACAGGGUCUGGAUCUGGGUCUAAUAAUAAAGGAGCAUCAUCGCCGCAUGCGUAUGGACAUUUUGGGCAUUCGCAUAGUCAGAGUAGUCCAGGGAUUUCAUUCAGCGUGCCAACACGAACAAUCAGACGGCCAUUAACAUCGGCGGAGAUAAUGAGGUUACAAAUGAGGGUUACCGAACAAAGUGAUAAUCGGCUUCGUAAGACCCUUAUGAGAACUCUUGUUGGCCAAAUGGGAAGACGAGCAGAAACAAUAAUCCUUCCACUAGAGCUACUACGCCACUUAAAACCAUCUGAAUUCCGUGAUCAUACAGAGUUCCAUUACUGGCAAAAACGACAGUUAAAAAUUCUAGAAACAGGCUUAAUCCUUCAUCCAUCACUCCCACUAGAGAAACGUAAUUCCUUUGCAUCAAAACUCCAAAAUAUCAUUCAACAAAAUCAAGACAAACCAAUUGACACUAACAAAAACUCUGAAACCAUGAAACAACUCUGUAAUGCUGUCCUGUCCUUAGCAUGGCGCGGGGCUAAUGGCAACCCCACUGAUAUUUGUCAUUGGGCUGACGGAUAUCCACUUAACUUACACCUCUAUGUUUCCCUACUCUAUUCUAUUUUCGAUCUCAAAGAUGAAACUGCUGUAUUAGACGAGGUGGAUGAACUCCUCGAGUUGAUGAAAAAGACAUGGACAACAUUGGGAAUUAAUAGAGCUUUUCAUAAUCUGUGUUUUACUUGGGUCUUAUUUCAGCAGUAUGUUUUAACUGGUCAAACCGAGCCUGAUCUUUUGUGUGCCACACUGACUAUGCUUCUUGAUGUUGCAAAUGAUGCUAAGAAGACCGAAGAUAGGGAUCAAGCUUAUGUUAAGACUUUGGCUUCUGUCAUGACUUCUAUUAUUGGGUGGUCCGAAAAGAAGCUGCUUGAUUAUCAUCACUCCUUUCCAAUCAAGAGUUCUUCUGGAUUUGAUAACUUAUUGCCUGUUGUGUUGCAAGCUAGAAAGAUUUUGGAUGAUGAUGUUGCUGCUACUGUGGCCGCUAGACAAGAACAAGCCGAGGAUGUACUUCAGUUGUCUGAUAAUCGGGUUGAUUUUUACAUUCGGUCUUCUGUAAGCAAUGCAUUUACCAAGAUGGCAGAAAAUAUGAAAAUAGCCAAUAUGCAAUUGGAAGGCGAAAAAGAGGUCAGUGAAGCACUUAUAGCAUUAGCAAAAGGAACAGAAGAAUUGGCUGCAAAAGAGAAGGAAACUUACAGCAACAUACUAAAGAAAUGGCACCCAGUAUCGGCAGCAAUUGCAUCAGUGACCUUACAAAACUGUUAUGGAGCUAUUUUGCAGCAGUAUUUGGCCGGAGCAUCCAUGCUAACGACUGAGACCAUUAGUGUUCUUCACAAAGCUGGAAGACUCGAGAAGAUUUUGGUGCAGAUGGUAGUUGAAGACACUGUUGAUUGUGAUGAUGGAGGAAAGUCUAUUGUUCGAGAUAUGGUUCCUUAUGAAGUUGACUCCAUCAUUAUUAGACUUUUGAGAAAGUGGAUUGAGGAGAGGCUAGGUAAGGGUAGAGAUUAUGUCCAAAGAGCCAAGGAAACCGAAACAUGGAAUCCAAAAUCAAAAGCAGAGUCAUUUGCACAAUCAGCAGUGGAACUAAUGAAGAUAGUUAAGCAAACAAUUGAAGACUUUUUUGAAAUUCCCAUUGGGCUCUCCGAUGAUUUAGUUCGAGAUCUAGCUGAUGGUCUAGAGCGUGUAAUACGAGAAUAUUCAAGCUUUGUUGAAGCUUGUGGAACAAAGCAGAGUUAUGUCCCUACACUUCCUGCUCUAACAAGAUGCAAUAGAGAUUCAAAGUUUAUAAAACUUUGGAAAAGAGCAGGUUGUAAUGUUGGCAUGCACGAGCUUCAAAAUUAUAUGGCUACAAUUGAAGGUCAUCAUGGAAGGCCAUCAACAAGUCGUGGAACUCAACGUCACUACAUCCGCCUGAACACCUUGCACUUCCUCCUCUCCCACGUUAACUCGCUUGAAAAGACCCUCGCCCUCUCACCACGUGUCAAUCCAAACACCCAAAAACUAUACGCAAACAGCAGGAGAAGUUUAGGCAACCCAACUACUUACUUUGAGCUUGCACGCGCCUCAAUACAGGGUGCGAUCAAACAUGUUGCUGAGGUCACAGCGUACAGACUUGUUUUCCUAGACUUAAAUACAGCUUUUUAUGAAUGUCUCUAUGUAUUCAGUGUCUCCAACUCAAGGAUUAGGCCUACAUUGCGAACACUAAAGCAAAAUCUCACACUUUUAAGCGCGAUUUUGAUUGAUCAUGCACAACCAUUAGCAGCAAAGGAAGUGAUGAAGGCCACGUUUGAAUGCUUCUUAAUGGUGCUGCUUGCAGGAGGGAGUACCAGAACCUUUUGCAGGUCAGAUUAUCAGAUGAUAGUGGAGGAUUUCGAAAGCUUAAAGAGGGUUUUUCGUACUAGUGGAGUCGGAUUGAUAGCUGAAGAUGAUGUGGAGAAAGAAGCCGAAGUAGUUCAAGGGGUGGUCGAUCUUAUGGGACAGUCAACCGAACAACUAGUUGAAGAUUUCAGCAUUGUGGCUUGUGAAAGGAGUGGCAUUGGAGUAAAUGCAACAGGGAAAAGGCUACCAAUGCCACCUACAACAGGAAGAUGGAACAGAUCAGAUCCUAAUACGAUACUUAGAGUAUUAUGUCAUCGAAAUGAUCGGUCUGCUAACCUUUUCUUGAAGAGAACAUUCCAAUUGCCUAAGAGAAGAUGAUUAUGAUGAUAAUCAAUAGAACAUUUUCUUGAAGAAAGUUUGUAUAGUUGGGAGAUAAUGUUGUGG